AUGACCUCCUUCAAAGCCGAGUCGUGGAUCUGGUACACGGCGACCGUUUCCAUGAUCAUUGCACGAAUGGUGGCACGACUUCUGCAUUUCAAGUCCGUCCUGCGACUCCAGAUUGAGGAUGUCCUGAUGGUAUUCCUGACAUGCUUGUAUACCAUACUCAUCGUCUUCCUCAACAUUGACCUGGAUGUCUCCACGAACCUCAUCGAUCCCGCCCACCCCGUGGUGUUGACGCCUCACGAGAUUUCCGAGCGGACCUGGGGGUCCAAAACCGUCCUUCUGGUCGAGCAGUGUAUGUGCGCCGUUCAAUGGGGCACCAAGUACUGUCUGCUGCUGUUAUACUGGCGACUGACGCAGAACCUGAUGCAAAACAUGGUCGUCAAAGGCGCGGCGAUAUAUGUCGGGGUCACCUACGUGGUGAUGGAAGUCCUCUACUUUGCCUAUUGGUGUCGGCCCUUCCACGAAUAUUGGGCGGUCCCGACCAGUAACCAGCAAUGUAGCACGGCGCUACACCACCUCAUCCUCAACUUGGUGUUCAACUUGACGAGCGACAUCCUGAUCAUGUCGAUUCCGCUACCGCUUCUCCUCAAAGCACACCUGGAACUCAAACGAAAACUGCUCCUUGUGUUCCCCUUUAGUCUGGGCCUGUUCACCAUGCUCUGCGCCAUCUUGAGCAAGCGAUUGAGUUUCACCCACCCCUACAGCUCGCAAUGGGUGUUUUGGUAUUGUCGCGAAGCCAGCACGGCCAUGAUCGUCGCCAACAUGCCUUAUAGCUGGGCUUUGAUCCGACGCAUCUUCAACCUGAGAUCCUUCUUCGGCGACACCACAAUGGAUCACAUGCAAGGCGGUCAGACUCGAGAGCUUCACGGCUACAGUGUCGGCGCCAUGACCAUGGAUAGCCUGCCCAUCACACGACAUAUCAGUGGCGCCAGCAUUCAAUCGCCGAAGAGGUUCUGGCAUGUUCUUCCAUCACCUCUCAAGAUACACGGCGGCGCCAACGACUCACCCAAUCUACAUCAUACGAAAACAUGGGAGGGCGGUGCGGCGGCAACAGAUAAAAAUAAAGAAGUCAAUGUCGAGACCAACCCGGCGUCGAGCAGCAACAGUAGCGCCAUGUCCGCCCUUAAGCCGCCGCAGGCUGUGUCUACGGACUGGACGCUGGAUCGGCUCUAUCCUUUGGAUGAUGAUGAUGAGAUUUUCGGACACCCUGACGCGACAAGACGACGGUAUGAAGGCUGA